GAUUAGAGGAGGAGGAGGUGGAGGAGGAGGAGGAGGCGCGCAACGAGGAAGGCUCUUUUAUUCCAGCGAAGGAAGACGAGGGAGAGGAAAGGAGGACGGAAACGGCGGGGAGGACCGGAGACAGGAGGACACCGAUGCUGUUGUUGUUGUUGAUGCGACGAUGCGGCCACACUGCUGGGUGAUGGUGGCUCUGGCAGGGGUCAUGUCGUACAUCAGCCCGGACAGAGCGCUCGGAGCCCCGCAGAGGGAAGUUUCCCAGAGCAGGACCGCCUCCCUGUCGCCGCCGCCGUACGUCGUCAUCCUCAUCUCGUGCUCGGGGCUCGUCUCCUUCGUCCUGCUGCUCCUCACCUGCCUGUGCUGCAAGAGAGGGGGGGUGGGCUUCAAUGAGUUUGACAAUGCCGAUGGGGAGGAGUGUUCUGGGGGGUCCAGUCCAAUCCAGGAGGACAGCCUGUCAUCGUGCCCCUCCCUCCCUGAGGUCUACACCCUGCCCGUCAGAGAGAGGCACAACUGCGCCGCCCUACGGGAUGGAGGAGACCCCAAGUCUGUGUGCUUCAAAAGGCACACCUUGAACUACCUGCAGGAGAUUGGAAAUGGCUGGUUUGGAAAAGUGAUCCUGGCCGAGGUCUUAUGCGACUGCAGCUCCUCGCAGGUGGUGGUGAAGGAGUUGCGUGUCGGCGCCAGCCCGCUGGAGCAGAGGAAGUUCUUGGCCGAGUCGGAGCCCUACAGGAGCCUGAAACAUCCCAACGUCCUUCAGUGUUUGGGCCAGUGCAGUGAAAACAUCCCUUUUCUCCUGGUGAUGGAAUUCUGUCAGCUGGGUGAUCUCAAAAGGUACCUGCGAGCCCAACGCAAGUCCGAUGGAAUGACCCCCGACCUCCCGACCCGGGAUCUGUUGACGCUGCAGCGAAUGGCCUUUGAGAUCACGUCAGGCCUGCUGCACCUUCACGACAACAACUACAUCCACAGCGAUCUGGCUCUAAGAAACUGCCUGCUGACCUCCGACCUCACCGUGAGGAUAGGCGACUACGGACUCUCACACAACCAAUAUAAGGAGGACUAUUACCUAACCCCGGACAAGUUAUGGAUUCCCCUGCGCUGGAUCGCCCCAGAGCUCCUGGAAGAGUACCGAGGAGCUCUGAUUGUAACGGACCAAACCAAGACCAGCAACGUGUGGUCUCUGGGUGUGGUCAUAUGGGAGCUCUUUGAGUUCGGCUCUCAGCCCCACCGACACCUGAGUGACGAAGAGGUCCUGACGUUUGUCAUCAGGGAGCGACAGAUCACUCUGGCCCAGCCGAGACUCAAACUCUCCCACGCGGAUUACUGGUAUGAGAUCAUGCAGUCCUGCUGGCUACCUCCAUCUCAGCGCCCGUCAGUCGCAGAGGUAUUCCUCCUCCUCUCCUCCCUGCUGGCCGCCGAGCGGGGAACGUCGAGGGGGAGCGAGGAUGAAGACGACGAGGAGUACGAAGAGGCCCGAGGGAGAAGGGGCGAGAGCGACGAGUCCUUUGAAAGACGCUGGGACUUGCUCCGCCCACCCGCCUUCCAGGCCGCAGCGCACGAGCGGCAAAGGGAGCGAGAGGACCGGCACUGUUCCUACCCCUUGCUGGACCCCGUGGGCACCCGGGGCACGCAUUCAUCGUCCGAACUGGACGACAUCCUGACCGUGACUGAAACCAGCAAGGGUCUGAACUUUGAGUAUUUCUGGGAGAAGGCCCACGCCAGGCGUGGCUACAAGCCCCUCGCCCCCGCUCAACCCAUCCCGACCGCCAACAACAACAACCACAGGCAGUCCUUGGACACGCCCACCGUGGUCCCGGUCAUCAGCGCACGGAGCCCCUCCCUCGCCAGCGAGUACUACAUCCGAUUAGAGGAGCACACUCCCCAGGACAAGUCCCCGACUCUGAAAGGGAAGAGCCAGUCUUGCAGGUCUGACUCCAUCUGCCCCGGAGACAUGGAGCUUGUGGAAAUCCGGAGCGGCAUGCUGGGAAAAGAGCGAGUACCCUAUUGUUCCUCGGACAGGUGCGCAGGUGGGAAAGGCAUCCAGAUGGUGCGAUCGAGCGAGGUUAAACUCCAGGUGCCCAAUACGGGCGUGGCCGAAUUCAGGGACGCUUCCAGCAGAGUGACCGACUUCUCUGUCAUCAAUUUAGGGGAGGACGACCAAGAGGAGAAGAACUCUGACAAGAAACCACCCGCGAGUUCUCAAGCUCCGGUCCUUCCUCCCAAGCCCCGCUCCAUGUCCAUGUCCUCGGCCAACCACCUUCACUCGCGCCCGCUGCCGGCACCCCCCCUUGGCUACAGAGGACUUCCCCACUACAACAUGAGUGGUAAAAUCCAGACCGAUCCCCUUCAGAUGAACAGCUGCCCACCUUCGAGCUACGGUCACUUGGGGCUCCAUCGCUCUCGACAGACUUUACCUCCGUCUCCGUCCCUGUCCCCGUCUCUGCCCCCAUCCAGUCACCCCGUUUACCCCGCCCCUCAAAUGUACCCGCCGCCUCUCCCUCCCCACGCCAAACAAAGAACCUGCCCGAGCUACAACUCGGACUCUUACUCCAGAUACAGCAGCAGAUCCAAGAGAGACCCGCUAUCCUGUGACCUCGGCGCCAGACACGGAACCCACAGCUCCAAGGACGCCCGUGGGAAAGACUUUGACUCACCCGUUCGCAGAGAAAACCCCUUGCGGCCCAUCUAUCGCAAUAUACCUCGGUCUCAGCCCCGGACGGACGGGCAGUCCUCGUCCAGUCCCACCUACUCGGACGAGGACGAUUCCCCCUUCAUGUCGCCCGAGAAACAAAGCACUAGCGUCACUUAUUCCAGCCUGUCCAAGGAUGCGGAUCCGGCCGCCGCAGGCCUCUUCUCCAGGGGAAUGAAGAGAACGCAGUCACGCCUCGACACCAUCCUGCCGGCCAUUUGGAAGGAAGAUGCACAACUUCAGGCGGAACGCGUGGCCGCCGCCAAGAAGUCCCCCAUGCACCUGUUCCUAACCGAAAUAUCUACCGUGGCCGAGGCGCGCGAGGGCAAUUCCGACAUUCCAUGGGAGAAGGCCAAGAAAGGAGACGGAGAGAGAUCCAAAGACUUUGUGUUGCUCAACAAAGGGAUGCGGCGCUCCCAGUCCCUGAUCACAGAGCUAGGCUCGGCGGGGCAGUCAUGGGGGGCCGAGAACUACAGCACAGGGAUGGAGAAGGACUUCACGGCUGCUGAGGAAUCAUUCCAGGGGGAUCUCUUUCUGACCGAGAUCGAUACGGACACGGAUCUGAAUGGAGGUUCGGGAAGUGAUCCCGUGAAAUACCUUUACCCUUCAGGGUCAAGGUCGCGGCCGUACAUCUGUGAUCCAGACCUUCCCAAAUCCACCGAUGCGGAAGACCCUCACUCCACGGGUAUCAGAAGGUCACACUCGCUCCUCUCCGAGACCACCAGAGGGAAGGCAGAGUGUGAACCACAACAGACUGAGACGGAUCAACAGAGAACGGAAAUGACCAGGGAAGAGUUCCUGAAGGAGAUCCAAUCGGCAGAGACCUUUCUGACUGAAAUCAUAUCGAGGCAACAUCCACCCGCAGGCAGGAAAGAAGGAGAAUCAUCUCCUACCCUCCUCUCACCCGAAUAUGAGUCCAUAUGCAUGGACCCAAACACCGCCCAGACCAUCCAGUUCCAGUCGGAGAGUUCCAUGCGCUCAUCCGGCAGAGGAAAGGACGAGCCGCAAACGGAAGCCAUCUAUGCCCAGGUGACCAAGCGGGCUAAAAAGAGUGAGAUCAAAGUUUCUACCAGACCCGAGAUCCCAGUCCUCCAUAUAGGAUCAGCCAUUAAACAGGAGAACCAAGGAAGUAAUGCGGACCAUUGCCGGUCCGGGGACUACGUCUUUGCGGAAAUCAUGCCCAAGAACGGUUUACUACACAACGAAACGCUUACGUCAUGUCAGAAGGACGACGAGUCCUUUGAUGGACCUGCUUUACCUGCGAGAGGAGAAGACCAAGCCAGAGAUCUUGAUGUGUCACUCAUCAUGAAUAGUCCAAAGACUUCCCUAAUCCAGAACGGGCUAGAGAGGGAUGACGAGGGUAAGGACAACACCGAUCGAGGAGCAGCUGAUUCAGAUCUCUCAAAAGGCGGCGGCGUUCCCAAGACUGAGCCGGAAAGGAAGCUUUCAUCCCAACACAAUGAGAGCGUCCAAGAAGAAGCUACCGCCACUCCGACAACUCCGGACUGGGAUGCAUCCGCUGACGUUUCCCUGGUCACCCCCACCGACUCUGUCCUGUCACCGACCACGUCCAGCUCCGCAGACUGCCUCACCCCGAGCGACUCCUGGACUGGAGGGGGGGGCGCUGGCUGGCGAGCUCUGGGAAACGAAACGCCGCACCGGGACUCGGCUUAUUUCUCAGACAGUGACUGGGAAGGGGAUGGCAUGAGCAGGAGAAACACGGAUGGACUUGGCGGGUCCAGGCCGAGCAGCGGACGAGGGGGGGACAGGGGAACGCUGACUGGGAUUGAGGAAAAAACCGAAACAGAAGAAGAGGCUGAGGUGGAACACAAGCGGACGUUGGAAAACCGCAUAGAGACGUCUGAGAAGAGGACAUCAUUGGAAAAUACUUCCGAUGCCACACACGUUCCGAGCAAAGGAUUCCAGCCAGGGAAGCGGGACGAUUCUGGCAUUUUUCUGAAUGGUCAGAAAUCCUCCCAACAGUUUGAUGGUCCUCAAACCAAAGACCGUGUUGACUUUAUCGAUACAUUGUUUUCCAAACUGGAGGAUGAGCCUCCAAAGAGCCUGCCACAUCGCCAUGGCGAUGCAAAAGACCGCCACUACGCAGAUGACAUCGUUUCUCAUGUCACAGACUGCAAAUACCUGGACAUGACGCUAUCCGCAUCGGGAAGACCCUACAGCAAGGAAUAUAUGCACAUGGAAAACCACUCUUCUCUAGAAUCUCCCGGAAGCAACACAGACUCCAAAUCGUCUGAACUGUGGGUCGAUCCCACCAACAAGGAAACCCCGUCAUUUGUAGAUUCCAGCGUAGGGAAUUCCAACGUAGGGAAUUCCAGCAUAGGGAAUUCCGUAGACGAUCAAGUCAGUUUACGGUUUGCCUCCCGGAUUGAGGAAGGUGCUGAGAGAAGUUUUAAGGUGCCUGAGCUGGAGAUGCACAACACAGACGGCAAUCACCUGCAAUGCUUGGACGGAGUGACCUCUGACCUCUGUCAGGGGUCACCUCCGACAGGAUCCGGUGGGGGUGGGGUGGAGGAGAAAGAAGACCAAAGGACCGGUCAUCCAUCGCAAUCAAGUGACUCACACUUGUGGUCGGGCGAAAACGACCAGUGGGCCUCUCCGGAAAAGAGGUGCCAGGAUGAUGGAGCAGACUCUGGGUUCCGCAACCAAGUUUGGGAGGCAGGAGAGCAUCUCGGUGCCGGUCAGGAGAUUUGGGAAGCUGAGGGAAAUGAUGAAUUUGCCGGAAGUGAACCUCACCCUGCUGCGUUGGAGAGCUGUGAGGAACCAUGGAAGAACGAAAAGCAGCGACUGAAUGGAAGUCUGUCGGCGAAGGAAAACACUCAGCCGGAUGGGGUGAACAUCCAGCAGGUGGAGAAUGUGGAGAACCUUCUCGAAAGUGACAGAGUUGAUGCAGAAAUGGAAAUUCCAGCGACUGAAGUGGAGAAUAUGGAAAUCCCAGAUCCAGAGGUUUUUGACAAAGUCAAGAAGCACCCUUGGUCGUGCGUGACAGGGUCGGAGGAGAAUCAAAAUUUUAACAUCUGGCCUCAGGAGGAGGACCUGCCACCAUCUGAGGAGAACCCAGACCAGGAAAACCUGGACUCUGACUUACCUAGCGAGGCUGAAAUGAGUCCGUGCGGUGCAGAGCGCCACACGGACGAAAGCGUGAGCAUGGAAAAGGAAGAAGAGGACUCACCAGUGGACAACUUCAGCUCGGUGGAUUUCCCCAGUCCUCCUCCGAGCAUAGACCUGGACGUGCAGGAUGACAAACUGGAGAGUUUAGAUGACUCUUUUCCUAGUCCUCCACCAUCUGUUUCCGAGGCUGAGGAGUUUGGUACCAGCGGUCUGGAAGCGGACGUGAUGCCCAUGACGCAUAUAACGGUAGACGGCGAGAGCAACCUCACCUCCGACACAGGAGGUCUGGAUGAUGCCGACCAAACACCGACGCCGGUCCAUAGCCUGCCAGAGUUACUCAUUUCCGAGUGGAAAGAUCUGGACGAGGAGGCCUUGGAGGAUUUUGAAAAAUUGGAACAACUGUGCCGUAUAUCCGGGGACGAGGGCGAAACCCUGGGCGACAUUUUCCUGGAGAACCUGGAGCUUUUGGAGUCCCUGAAGAAAACCCCUGAUCAAAAAGACGGCAAAUGUGGAGAGGAGAUAUGUAACUUGGGGGCAGAUUUGGGAGAAGAAGGAAGCCCUUCCUCAGACGAAGAGGAUGGGAAUGAUGCACCGUGCCCACCCGGACAGACGCCAGAGCCCAAGGACCAGGAUUGCCUUUCCAAGACGACCACCAAGAACGGCCUGAAGAUGCAGGUGUGCCAGGAACGGCUGCAGUUCUCCCUGAGUGAAAAUGUGAAGACCAACGUGCUUUGGGGGGCCACGGUUAAGGACAGCGUCACGCUGCGGCCCUGGGGGGAGGAGGCCGCUGAGGACUGCUGCCAGGCAGAUGCUGAGGAGCAACAAAACCAGGAUGGAAGCCAAACGCCGCAGGAAGGCGUGUCCAAGGCGGAGUGUGAGGAAGCUAAACCGGAGCCGCUCGCUGCGAUCGAACAACCCGAGGUGACGACGACGCCGCAGACGACGGCGCACCAGGCAAUCAAAGCUAAAGUCGCUCGUCUGUCUCUGGCCCUCCCGCCGCUCGCCCUGGCUCUCCCCGUCGCCUCCGCCGGCAAGGACGGCGCCAUCGGGAGCCGGAUCGGAAGACGGAGAGGUUUGCUCCCGGGAAGCGAUCCCGAAGACGAAGAGGAAGACGAGGCGGAGGACGAGAGUUCCCGGAGAGUCAUCGUUGUCACAGAGACGGACGUGGACAAACGCGUGGGCCUGAGGAGCCUCCUCAAGUCACCCAAGGAACCGCUGGACCGGGGGCGGGACAGAGGGAGGAACGUGUCCUUUUUUGAUGAUGUCACCAUUUAUCUGUUUGAUCAGGAAACUCCAACCAAGGAACUGAGCGCUCCAGCGCCCGCCAGUCAGGCUGCAGUGUCCGUCAAAAACACCAAGUUGGAUUUUCAUGCGUCCAAAAGCAAAGAUUCCAAACGCAAAGAGGAUUCCUCGGUCAAAGCGAGAGCACCCGGAGGCGGGACCAACUUAGUGACGUCAUCGCGCUUCACCGUGAGCCCCGCCAAGGACCCCCACUUGGCGUGAAUCUUUUAGAGAUGAACCCUCUGAGACUUUCAAUGGACCCCAGCAACAACCAGCCGUUCACCCAGAGGCUAUUUUUCUAUUGGACGGUGAAAGAGGAAGAAAACCCACCUGGACCCGGUCCAGGUUAGACCAGCUACACUGUUUACAGAGUUUAUUCUAGCAUCUUUGAGGACAACCAGGAGGUACGUGGACAUUGUUUGGACUAGCUAUGCAGCGGGAGUCUUGCUGGACGCCAGCGUGCUCCCUUCUGCUUUCUCUUGUAUGCCCCCCCCCCAGACAUGUGGGGGGGCUACUUCUGUUGUUCUUUCUUUUGAAAUCACACGUAGGCUUCUCCUGGUCGACGCCUUUUCACGGCAGUUGGUGGUUCUUGUCACCAGACGUCAACAUUUGUACAAAUCGCCAUCAGUGACAGCAUUUUAGCGCUCUUUGCUUUCACAUUCUCACAAUCCGGGAAGACGUUUCACCUGGCAUCCCGGCAGGCUUCAUCGCUUCAUGCUCUCAAAGACUAGAUAGGACGGCUCAAGUCUCUGGUGAUGCUGCGGGAUCGGGAUCCAAAGUUUUUGUUCUCUAAGGGAGAGACACAUUGAGGUAGAGGAUCAAGGACUAGAUAGGACAUCUCUAGUCUGAGCGUUAGGAUCCAAAGUUUUUAUCCUCUAAGCUAGAAACAAAGUUAAGGUAGAGGAUCCGACCCAUCCCCCAGACUAGAGCUGUCCUAUCUGGUCCUUGAGCAUGAACUGAUCCAUAGUUUUACUCCUCUUAAGGUCGAGGAUAAACGCCCACCAUCCCUUCACAACUGGAGCUGUCCUAUCUGGUCUUUGGGCAUGAACUGAUGAAGCCGGCUGGCAUGAGAGGCAAAACGUUUUCCAAGAAAAACAACCGGAAGAAUCCGGUCGUGAUGGCUUCAACGACGUGGAUGAAUGAGAAUAUAUUUUACUUUCUGAUUGGUUCCCAUUAGACUGCAUGAAAAGCGAAGCAACUCGUUUCUUUCUACUUUUGACGCUGGCCGACGACGUCCAAACACAUCACAGAAAUGAUCCAAGACCAGAAACACAUCAGGUCUAGCACCCCCAUCAGCCUGGUGGGGGGUUCUGGGUAACCUGACAGACUUCCUUUUUGUUUCCGUGAACUCCCAGCAUUCCCGUCAUGCAGCUCUUUUUGGGGCUUUGUUUGUUUGACAUGUGCAGCAUUUCUCUCUUGCAUUUGUUUGGAUCUGCAGCGUUGAUUUUGUUUUAUGUGUUUUGGGUUUUGGAUCAUGUAUGUGUUGGACUCGGCACCCUACUUUUUAGUUCUUAGAAGCUGUCACUUUUAGAUUGAUUUAUUUAUGUAUUUCUUAGAUUUUUGGACAUACAUUCUGUAAGAUCUUCAUGACAAAUAAAGCAAAAUAUUUUCCCAGAUGUCUUAAUUGCUCAAAAAAUAGUAUUUUGUUUAAUUUUACCUGUCAAUAUAUGCCGGUCUGUAUGAAAGUUUGUCCUGUAUGGGUUCUUUUAUUUAUUUUUUUUGUAUUAUGUUAGCUGUGUUGUCAUUCUUUUCAAGGCAGUCAGUGUAACUUAGCAUGGAACUUUGAAAACAGCUUCUCAUGGGUAAAUAACUUAUUUAUUUUGCUGUAUUUAUUAGUUUGAUGAUUUAUUUUCUACCAAUAACAGUCCAUCAUGCAGUCAAGGUCCAAAUAGUCCGUUUGUUUAGUCUAAGUGUUAACGGGUUAAAAACCUGUAUUGUUUUAAGAAUUGUUUUCAAGGGGUAAUGUAAAGAAAAAGGGGGUGAGAAAUAAAAACGACAAAAUGUGAAUUUCCA